UAGUGUUAACUCCUCCUCCACAAAUCAGUGGCUUGCUCUACUAGUACGCUUUAGCGUCUUUUUCACAUAGAUAGUUGCGAAAAACAACAGCAGUUAUGUUUACCCUCUCUGAGUUUAUGGUAAUUUUAGCUAUGUUGUCCGCAACAGCGUCAGGUUAUUUUGUAAGCAUAGACGCUCAUGCAGAAGAAUGUUUAUUUGAACGAGUAAACUCUGGUACCAAAAUGGGCCUCAUGUUUGAGGUGGCCGAAGGCGGUUUCCUUGACAUCGAUGUGGAGAUCACGGGUCCAGAUGGGAAGCAGAUUUAUAAAGGAGACAGAGAAUCCAGUGGAAAGUACUCUGUGGCUGCCCAUAUGGAUGGCACAUACAAGUUCUGCUUUAGCAAUAAGAUGUCCACCAUGACGCCCAAGAUUGUCAUGUUUACCAUUGACAUCGGAGAGGCCCCCAAGGGAGACGGCAUGGAGACGGAAGCCCACCAGAACAAGCUGGAGGAGAUGAUUAAUGAACUAGCAGUUGCCAUGACGGCAGUAAAACACGAACAGGAAUACAUGGAGGUCCGAGAGAGAAUACACAGAGCAAUUAAUGACAACACAAACAGCCGAGUGGUGCUUUGGUCCUUCUUUGAAGCGCUUGUGUUGGUAGCCAUGACCCUGGGACAGAUCUACUACCUGAAGAGAUUUUUCGAGGUGCGGAGAGUUGUGUAAAACAUGGCUUUUUUUCCAACUCCAAAGUGAGUCAUCAUUCACUUGAACCAUUAGCCGCACCAUACUACAAAGUUGGAAAUCAAACAACCUCUGAAAAGCCUUUUCCUUAUCCAAUCUCAUGUCUGUUUUUCUCUUCUCGCACUUCAGGCCAUGGUACAAUGUAUGUUUUUCCAAUCGAGGAGAACUGUCUUUGCAUUGACUCCUCAGACUUUGAUAUCAAUAGCACUGAAGAGGGUAUUAUACAUUUUUGAUCAAGAAGAGUAUUUAUGCAUUCAAACCCACUGCCCUAAAACUAUGCCAGGAGGAGGUUUUGUAGUAAGUUGUGCACACAUUAAAUACAACACUGGGCUUGGAAUGAUAAUUGUUAGACAACUGUUCAGCUUGCUCUAGAUGUUUUUUAGGGAGUAUAUUUUCUUGUACAAAUAACUUUUGUUUUAACACCUACCGUGCCAAUCAGUCACAGUAUGCACAAUGCAUAUUUAAUGGAAAAAGUAAUGGCAUAUAAUCGUACUGUAUGUAUUUAAGACUGUUACAUUUUGGGGUAAGAUGCAGAAUAAGAAAAGCCUUGGUGUGAGAUCUGAGCUAUUGUUGCCAGUUUGAAGUAGUUGCUUGAGCAUUUAUUGUUCUAGUAUUGUACUUUAUCAAAUGAGGACAAUUUUGUACAGAUUUUAUUCUACUUUGUAUUGGUAGUUAUGUUCAAUGUUUAUUCUGGGUUAGCAAAGGGUGACAUUGGUCACAACAGAUACAGAGCUCAGACUUUCAGAGUCAAAUUAAAAUGUGGAUGAAUUUAUGACCCAAAUCCAGUUCAUAAGUGUUUCCUUGUCCUCUUGAGAUUAGUUAAUUACAAAUUAAAAUCAGUACAGUAGUUUCAUAUACUCUCCCAUGGGUCAGCAGAACCUUUUCAAACUCCAGUAAAGCAAGUAGGGGGAAAAUGUUCAUACAAAGUAAAACACCUGUUUUUUGUGAGUUUCUCCUUAAACGAAUAAUAAAAUCAUUGUAUUAUGUCUUGACCCACUAUGGGUUUGUUGUUAGUGAUAUGCAUAUUGAAAGGUGACUUGUUAAUAUCUGAAUUAAAUGAAUCCAUUUGAUGGUG